CUCCCUCUCUCUCCCUCCCUCUCCCUCCCUCUCCCUCCCUCUCCUUCUCGCUCUCCCUCUCGCUCAGUGUGGCUCUGGAGGCUGCAGAGUGCUGUUGUAGCCUGACGCCACCUUCCUUGCUGGGGCUACAGGAGAGCAGAGCUCCCAGGUCCAGCUCUCCCAGAGAGAGAGAGGAAGAGAGAGAGAGAGAGAGAGAGAGAGAGAGAGAGAGAGAGAGAGAGAGAGAGAGAGAGAGAGAGAGGGAGAUACAGGAAGAGAGAGAGAGGGAUAGAGAGCUUCAGGAGAUUCUUCUGGAGGCAGGCGUGAGGAGGAGCAGGAGGGGGUUAACAGUCCGACCGAGGGACUGGGUCAAGACAAGAACAUCCAGCAGAACGGACGCAGCAGAGAAGACAAAGGAGAGGAGGUGGAGGAGGAGGAGAGAGGAGAACGCUGACUGGAUGACAAAAUGAGGAAACGACGAGUGUUGCUGAUGCCCCCAGAUGCCACGCCCCCCUGUGCUGGUGUGCUGAUGCUGCUGGCGUCCCUGCUGGUGGGCGGGGCCCUGGGGGCGUGCCCCCCGCUCUGCUCCUGCAGCUCCAGCCACAGGCAGGUAGACUGCUCCAGCAGGGGCCUGAGCAGCCUGCCACUCGGCCUGCAGCACAACUUGCACUCCCUCAACCUGUCCCACAACAACCUGGCCAGCCUGGACCACCAGCUCAGCUCCUACACGCACCUGCGCCUCCUCGACCUGUCCCACAACCGCCUGGUCUGGCUGCCCUCCGCGCUGCCCCGCGGGCUCUGGGAGCUCCACGCCGCCCACAACGCCAUCCGCCUCCUGGACAAGAACGCCACGGCCUACCAGUGGAACCUGCGUGUCCUGGAUCUGUCCAGGAACCAGCUGGAGCGAGCCGUGUUCAUCAACAACACGCUGACCAGCCUGCGCUCGCUUAACCUCAGCCACAACCGCUUCUGGACCCUCCCCACCAACCUUCCGGCUGGCCUGGUCACGGUCGACCUGUCCCACAACUCCCUGCUCCAGGUGCUGCCUGGCUCCCUGGACCGCCUGCCUCGCCUGGAGCACCUGGACCUGCACGCCAACCGCUUCUCCGGGCUGGGGCGUGGCGUGUUCGCCCGGCUGGCCGCGCUGCAGCUGCUCUCUCUGGGAGAGAACCCCUGGGCAUGCUGGGAGCACGCCAGCAUCAGCCCCCUGCUGUCCUGGCUCCAGCACACCCCCGCCCGCGUGCUGGGCUGUCCCUGCAGCGCCAGGCCCGUGUGUGGGCAGGGGGCCCGGGCCCCCAGGGCCGGGGGGUGGCACUAUGCCUCCUACACGCUGCCCCCCCUGGCGGCCAGCGAGCCCAGCGGGGGGCAGAGCUGGCCCCCCCCACAUGCCAGACCCACCGGGUGGUGGUAUCUGUCUGAGCCCAUCCACCACACCCUCAGAGCCCCCUCCUCCUUCACCCCGCACCCCCACCACCUCACCUCCACUCCCCCCUCCUCCUUCACCCCGCCUCCACCCCCUCCCCCCUCCCUGCUCUCUCACACCAGCCCUGCAGAGAGUCCUCUCCCCAGAGACACGCCCAGCCCCACAGACCUGCUGCUCCUCACACACAAACCCCUGACCACUGACCCCUCCGUCCCCCCAGACCUCCCUCCUCCUCCCCUGACCCCGGCCAGCACCAGGAGGACCCCGACCCUGAGGACCCGGAGCGUUCGCCGGCCCAACCAGACCCUCCCCAGCGGGGUCCGCAGCCAGGCCCCCGGCCCCCUCCCAUGCUGCCCCCUCCAGGGCCCCCUCCCCCUGGGUCUCCUGGCCCUGGCCCUGCUCCACUGAGAGCCCCAGCCUGGCUCCUCUGCUCAACACAAGCACAACAGAGCCUCUUUGUUUUAGGAUAGCUUUGGGGCAGAGAGAGAGAGAGACAUGCUCCUUUUUGAUUGUUUUGAUUGUGUGUCUGACUCCCUCUGAAUGGACUGUCCUUUUGCAACUUGAAAACUGUGAUAGUGUCUCCAUUCAGCAGGCUUCCCUCUACUGUAACUCUAACCCUUCCUAACCAGGUGUCAGACCCUGUGUAACUCUAACAGGACGCUCAGUGAUGCUCUGCUAUUGUCCUGCCAGUUCAUCUCAUCACUCUGCUCCGGAGGAGGAGGGGGUUUAACGCGUCGUUCUGGUGAAUGUGUGUGUGUGUCAGGAGGCAUGUCACUUCACACCUGUCUGCAUGUCUAUGUUUCCGUGGCUACCAGAGAGAUGAGCAUGUCCACCUUUUUUUCAGCUAAUCUGUCCUUCAUCAGUGAGUCCCUGAAACAUGUGGUGAGGUUUGAAAACUGUCACCUCUGCUGUGUCUGAAACAUGUUGUGAGGUUUGAAAACUGCCACCUCUGCUGUCUGGCUGGGCUGUGGGGGUGGUGGAAUCACUGAUUUGAACAUUAUGAGUCUUU